UUUUGUAGAACCACAAAUUUUAAAGUUUUCCUUUUUAUUUUAUUUUAGUGUUAUUGCUUUCUUAAUAGAUUAGAAUAGAUAGACGCUGUUUUGUUUUUCUUUGUUAAAUUAAUGAAUUUUGUUUUUUUUUUUUAAUUGGUAGCUCACGGAUUGUUCUUCUUCUUCCUCUUCAGAGCUAACAUGUUCUGAGAUCCCUAUCAAUCAAUGGCGGUAACAGAACAGAGUCCUCUGUUUUUUUUACUCUAAAUUCUAAAAGCUUCGGAUAAGCUCUCUCAUGGUGGCUAGUUUCUUGUAUAUAUCCCUCCCUGUUUGCUCCUCUUCUUUCAUUUACCUGAUAUAGUCACAACGAAUACUUCUUUCCGGUUUCCCAAAAAAUUUCACCUUUCAUAAUCGAUUUCUCUACAUUGUAAUUCCCUCACAUAGUUUCGCCGGAGAAUUACAAUAAAGGUAAGAAGGUAACUGCAAGGAGCUUGAGAUCAUGAGUGGUACAGAGUUAGAGGAGCCUGGACAGAUAAAACGUGCUGUGAUUGAUGCGUCCGCUGGUGCUGUUGCUGGUGCCAUUUCACGGAUGGUGACCUCUCCUCUUGACGUUAUCAAGAUUAGAUUUCAGGUUCAGUUGGAGCCUACAGUUUCAUGGGCUCUGACUAAAAAUGAAUCUCCAGUGAAACCAAAGUAUAAUGGGUUGUUUCGAACAGCGAAGGAAAUAUUUAGAGAGGAAGGUUUAUCGGGUUUUUGGCGGGGAAAUGUCCCAGCUUUACUUAUGGUUGUGCCAUAUACAUCUAUACAAUUUGCAGUUCUACAUAAGGUGAAGUCUUUUGCCGCUGGUUCAUCAAAGGCUGAAAAUCAUGCUCAACUGAGCCCUUAUCUUUCUUACAUCAGUGGAGCACUAGCAGGGUGUGCAGCGACAGUCGGAUCAUAUCCCUUUGACCUAUUGCGGACUGUAUUGGCUUCACAGGGUGAGCCAAAGGUAUAUCCAAAUAUGAGAUCAGCAUUUAUGAGUAUAGUGCAAACUCGUGGAAUCAAAGGGUUGUAUGCAGGAUUGUCCCCAACUUUGAUCGAGAUCAUUCCUUAUGCUGGUCUGCAGUUUGGCACUUAUGACACAUUUAAACGGUGGAGUAUGGUCUAUAAUCAGCGGCACAGAUCUUCUUCUUCAGGCUCUGAUAAUCAAAAUAAUAGCCUUUCGAGCUUUCAGCUCUUCCUUUGCGGUUUAGCUGCUGGUACCAUUUCUAAACUUGUUUGUCAUCCACUCGAUGUUGUCAAGAAAAGAUUUCAGGUCGAAGGUCUGCAACGAGACCCGAAAUAUGGAGCCCGAGUAGAGAUAAAUGCUUACAAGAACAUGUUUGAUGCUUUAGGGCAGAUAUUAAGAACAGAAGGUUGGCACGGUCUUUAUAAAGGCAUUGUUCCAUCGACCAUUAAAGCCGCACCUGCUGGUGCUGUAACAUUUGUAGCCUAUGAACUUGCAUCCGAUUGGUUUGAGACAAAUUUGACAUGAACUUGUAAAUCUUAUUCUUUUUUUGCUAUUGAGUAAGUCGUAUAAGAUUCCCCACUGUUUGAACAGACCCCAAUAAUGCAAACUCUUUCAUACUA